GUAAGCGCGCGUGCCAACUGAACGCUACCAUGCGUCACAAGCACCAGCGCGCGCGCAUUGGCUACUUUACGACGGAGGGACAUCCACACACACACACACACCCACCCCAGUCAGAGGGAGGCAACCGCUGCGAGGAGUCAGAGCCGAGACACCCGAACAAUAACCAGACAGCUCCCCGAGCCCGGACACACUCCGGGGGAGCACCGGAGGCUUCCCUGCCGUGCAAAGCCAGCCGGAGACGGAGAGGAGAGGAGCGGGCAGGGACGUCCAGCACCGGCGGGAGGAAUCACCGCCACACGGCCGUUAUAUGUGAACGCCGCCGCGGGAUGAAGGGACUGAUGCGCACACCAAAACAUGUUUUCCUCUGGGACAAAAAACACAUCUCCUUCCUGAACGGCCAAAUGAAGUGGCAGAAGAAGAUAUUUCUGGCCCUCAUUGUCAUCUGUACUGUCAGUCUUCUGCUGCACCAUGGGGGCCACUUCACCUGGAACAUGGAGGCCUUCCGCUUUGGCUGCUCUCACCAGUACCCAGGAUCAAAGCCGAAACACACCAACAUUGUCUUCUUGAAGACUCACAAAACGGCCAGCACCACCAUGCAGAACAUCCUGUUCCGUUUUGCAGAGCGCAACAACCUGAUGGUGGCGUUGCCAGUACAAGCAUGUGGUCAUCAGUUCUGCUACCCACGUUCCUUCUCCUCUCACUUUGUCCAUCUGCACACGCUGCGACCAAACUUGAUCACCAACCACAUGCGCUUCAAUAAGACGGCAUUGCAGCGCCUGAUGCCAAAUGAUACACUAUACAUUACAAUCCUGAGAGAACCAGCCUCCAUGUUUGAAUCCUUGUUUACAUACUACAGCCGACACUGUAUGAGUUUCAGGAGAGUCCCGAAUGGCUCUUUGGAAGCGUUCUUGGCGGAGCCCUUCCGUUACUACAGGCCACAAGAGGUAGAGUCCAUGUAUGCACGCAACACCUUGACCUUCGACUUGGGUGGAGACAAAGAUCAUCCGUCAAAAGACUUGGCUUAUGCACAAAACUUUGUUGCGGAAGUUGAAAAAGUGUUCUCCCUAGUGAUGAUUUCCGAAUACUUUGAUGAGUCACUUAUUCUUCUUCGCCAUCUUCUCUCUUGGGAUUUGGAGGACAUCCUGUAUGUCAAGCUAAAUAUGCGGACUGAAAGUUCCAAGAAGAGAUUGUCUCCAGGUCUUCCUGAAAAGAUCCGUGCCUGGAAUUCCAUAGAUACAUAUCUUUAUGAGUAUUUUAAUGCUUCAUUCUGGCUCAAACUGUCAGAUUUGGGUCUAGACUGUGUGGCGAAGGAGGUCCAACUUCUUCGACAGGUACAAGAGAGGCUAAUGAGAAGUUGCUUUGGUGGGAAAAUGCCACUUCCACGCCCAGCUGCAGAGAUCAAGAACAAGGAUCUCCGUCCAUGGCAGCCAAGCGACAAAGUCGACAUCGUCGGCUAUGACCUCCCGGUAAAUAUAAGCCAUGAGGCACAGGAGCACUGCCUCAAGUACAUCAUGCCAGAAAUCUCAUACACGCGCAUCCUUCUACAUUCCCAGUCCUUGCGACAUCGUCGAAGUUAUCAGAAUCGGCCUCCACAAAAGUCACACAUCCUCCAACAUCACAUGCGCACAACCCUGCCUCGGCAUUCUCAGGUCCGCCUCAGCCAACCAGCGCCCUCUGUUGCUCAGAGCCCAGACUCAGGAACAGAGUCCAAAUCUAACGUGAAGCGAAGUGAAGGAACUACGAAGCUAGGGCUUUAGUUCUCAAGCAAAAUGUGAAAAUCUCAUCAGAGCCCAGCAGACUGCACACUUCGACUCAUCCUGAUAGAAAUAAAGACUAUGAUGUUCGAUUAAUGAAACCUUUUGGGAGUCAAAUUUGUAUUUAGGAAAGCAAAGUAAAUUGGGUUUUCUCUCUGAAAACCCUUUUCAUUAUGACUGAUGAAAGACAAAGGGUUAACCACGUCUGGACUUCAACCACAUUCUCCUCCUUUGAUGUGUGAAACAGUAAAAGUGAUGGAAAACCAAAUAGCAAGGACUAAACUGGAGCUAGACUCUAUGGUGACAGCAACUGAUUGCAGCUGGUUUCAGGUGAAAGUGGUUGUUUAAAUUAAACCAGUUGAUGUAAGUCCUGGAACAAAUGACAAGGUACUGAUAAUCUGCUCCGUUGUAAGGCACAGAGUGUACUUUGUGUGCACCAGACUAGUUCUGUAUCCGAUUACUUUCCUUUAUUUUCCCUUUCUUCAGCUCUGGUUUCCAUGCCUUCUAAUUAGCAUAUAUGUUACUUAAAGUCUUUCGGACACACAAUGACACUUGUGGAUCAACUGUCAGGCUUUUGAAGACCCACAUUGAGUUCACCUUUUUAACCUUUCUUCUUUAUAAGGUCCAGAACCUAAAGCAGCAAAGAGAGAGAGAGAAGAGAAAUGGCAGAGUCACUCAGACAUUACAUAGAUGUCUGGAUGCUGAGUUCUGGCCACCCAUUAUUGUUAUGACUCACACAGAGACAGAGCCCAGAGACAGCGUAAAAUCUGUGCCUCCUUAACCUUUGACCACUCUUGCCUCCCCCUGGAAUACUUUCUCCAUUUCUCAGCCAGGCGCCCUUGCUGUUAUACCCUACAUCUGUACAGAAGCACCAACGUCUUGGUUUAGUGCUGUCCAGAUCUGCUUUUGCCCUAAAUGCCACUGGCCAUCUCGUCUUUCAAACAAGCCCUGUGGAAGUGAAGGCUUCAGCAUUGGAGACUGACACGUGAACAUGGCUGCUAUUGCAAUAAGAUUCAUAAUCUUUUGAUAUUAAAGGCAUGGAUUCUUCAAUCAAGCCAGAACAUCUUUGCCCCAACUGAAGCCUACGUACGAACAACGCAGGGCGAAGACGUGAAGACGCAGCCUAUGGCAAAAGCUCUAAGGUUACACACUUGUACAUUUUCAUUGGGGACAUGUUCGACCAAUGAAAAGCUGCUCGUUCUGAACUGAAUCUGAAAUAUUAGAGAGAAGGCAGACUUAAAACCCAGUAAGACAGGUUGGCCGGUGAACCUGUUGGGGUCUUGAACUGUCAAACCUUAUCCACUUGAACGGUUGUCUGCUCAUAUUUAAGCUGUAAUUUAAUUUACAUCAUGGCAAGAGGAACCAUUAACGUAACUUGAAUGCUAAGUUAUAAGGAGAUUGUUUUAGAGAUUACAUAAGAGUUGCACAUGUGAGUCCGGAAAUGACUCUGCCUCAUGUUGAAAGAUCAGCAACAGCGUGGCUGGUAUUUUGAGUAUGUAUGGGGAGUCCGGGUGUGGGUGUGGGUGUGUGGGUUUGUGUCACUAUGGCAAACAUGAUUGUAAGGAAUAUUAGACUAAUGUGUACUACCACAAAACCAGCUUUGAGCCAUUUGGGUUUGUGUCUGUGGAUGUUUUUUACACUGUAAGCUAUGAGGACGCAGUGGAAACAAAAGUUAAGCCCAAAAUGAUUCAUUCCCGCAACAAGCAGUUUGUUUCUGAUGAAAAAUAAAAAGAAAGAGUGAUGGUAACAUUGUUAUAGGUGUGUCAACCUUGAUAAAAUAAUAAAUUAAUUACACAAUGACAAGUUAUCAAACGAUAUAGAAGCUUUUUUUUGGCAUGACAGUUAGUAAACCCUUCCUAAAGUUGUUGAUCACCCACUGGUAUUUUGGCCGUUUCCUUUCGGAGAUGAUCUUCAAGUCUUGCAGGUAGGAAGUCCUCCUUGCCAUCACCCAAAUUUUUGGCUUCCUCCAAUGUUUCUCCAUCAGAUUUAAAUUGGGACUCUGGCUGGCUAGCUCCAACGUUUCAAAAGAAACUUGCUGGUAGGAAUAUUUUUGGGCUUAGCUGUAAAUGAAGGAAUGGACAGGCAUUUUAACACUGAGAAAUGCAAUGCAGCUGCGGAACAAACAGUAAUCACUCAAAAGGUGUUAGAACAAAUUACCACACUGGUUUAAUCCUAUGUAAACAGGGCAAAAAAUAUAUUUUGUGUGAGUUCAUUAAAUGUCUUAUUUAUUAUCAGGGA